AUGGCUAUGGCUCGAAUUGAUGUCGUGUUGGAGACUUCCAGUCUGUCUGAAAAGCCUGAAAUUUUAUUGAAACGUGCCAAAAUAUACGAGACCAUAGGCGAUUAUCAACAUGCCUUUGACGAUGUUCGUCUGGUUCUAUCGUUGGACAAGACCAACACUGAUGCCCUCAAAACCGCUCAACAACUGGUUCGAUUAACUGCCGAAAAACAAUCAUCAUCUCCCGUUGGUACCAUAUCGAGUAUGCUACUACUAAUAUCUGGUGGUAGUGGUGACGAUCAAACGGAAGACUCGGCUAGAAGUCACGGUCAAAACCGCGAGGUCAUUGAACGAUUAAUAUCAGCAUCACAAGAUCCUAGUGGUGCUGCUACUAUUGGACGUGAAGGUGGCGUCGAACUAUUGAUGCCAGUCACCGUCAGUAAUAAAACACCAUCGUCGACACAUCAAGCACAAAUACUACAGAUUCUAGUAAACCUCACGCAAUUGCCUGAACUCGCAUCCCGCAUAUUAUCGUAUAUAGAUUCCUCGACUGUGACCACUUGGAUGAACUCGAACGACUCGCCAACUAUUCAACACGCAGCAGAUUUAUUGGGCAACAGUGUCUUGCAAUCCCUAUCAACGCUCAAAGACCAACCAAAACUACGAGACUCGGCUGUCACUGCAGUUAGAGCUCUAGCAAAACUCGCUGUAGAGUUUAGUAAAGACGAGCCUUCUCGAGUCGCAGGUGUAAAAGGUCUGAUUACCGCCAUUGGUGAUGAAGAUUCAGCCGUCAUGUUUAUGAAUAGCAACGAGUUUGUAGACUUGCUGGCAUGUGUCUCUGAUCGUAAAAUCAGUAUACGUCAACUGAUUCCCGUAGCUCUCGCCCGAUUCUUGGAUACCACAUCAGCCAAACGAGAAGAUGAGCUGCAGGCCCUUCUACAUCGACUUAUAUCAAAAUGGGUAGAAUCAGAUGUAAAGGGUGACAAGGCUCGAGGGCUCCUGGCAUUAUCAGCCGUAUUUCAAGCCAAGUCUAGUAUCGGUAGUAGCAUACUCUUGAAGCAAGGCUUUGUCGAAGAUCUGAUGGAAGUCAUUGAAUUUGAGGGUGAAGAUGUUCAACUGGCUGUAGUUGAAACUCUCUCUAGUAGCUGUGCUGAUAAAGCAUGUCGCACACUAGUUGCUGCCCGAUGUGCUGCAUUCCUGUUGACAUUAGGAGGUCAUCAGAAUGCGCAACUACGAACAGUGGCCUCGGUAGCGCUCAUUAAAUGUAUGUCAGCUGAUAAAGAAUUGGAGAAACAAAUGCUCCAACAGGCAGAUCGAUCAGUCAUGGCCUUUGCCAAUGUCAUUCAGAAUAAACAGGUGGAUGAGACUCUGAAACUAAAUGCCGUAGAAGCCCUAGCAUUCCUGUCUACUCACGGAGUGGUCAAGGAUCUUAUAAUAACGAAUUCGAGUCUUCUCAAAUCGAUGUUUAAUAUGGCAUCAGCAACUGAUAAAAAAGCAGUGCAAUUCGGAAUCGCAUCGACCCUCAUGAAUAUAACAGUAUUCAGACGUAAAUUUACAGAUGAAGAAAAGCAGAUACUCAAGCUACGAGCUAUGGCUGAACAAACGGGAGAACCAAUAGUAGAUCCACUUGAUGAGGAUACUGCCGUUGAGAGGCGGUGUGUUGCUUUGGCCAAAGAAGGAGCCGUCAGUGCUCUAGUUGCUUUAGCAAAUGGUAGUUCACCUGCUCUACGAGAAAUGGUAGCUCAGACCUUUUUAAGUAUGGCUAGGGAUAAGAGUCUGAGAGGUAUCAUAGUCCAGCAAGGUGGUGUCAAAAGUCUCAUCACUCUGACUGGUGAAGGGACUUCCGAAAGCAUAGCACAUGCAGCUCAAGCUCUAGCUAAAGUAGCUAUUACUAGUGAUCCACACGUAUCGUUUCCUGGUCAACGGGCCGCCGAAUUGGUAAGACCUCUAGUAAGUUUAUGUGGGUCUGAGUCAGAACUAUGUCAAUUUGAAGCCCUGAUGGCUUUAACGAAUCUAGCUUCUAUUGAUGAUGAUAUUCGUGGUCGUAUAGUAGCAGCAAAGGGUGUCGCUGCAAUGGAGAAUCUACAAUUCUCUGAUAAUAUCAUGGUCCGACGUGCAGCCACGGAAGCACUAUGUAAUAUGGUAUUUGAACCCUCAGUAUAUACUGCCUAUGCGGUGGCAUCCGCUUCCUCUAAACUCCGAAUGUUCAUUGCCUUGUCUGAUUCCGAGGAUUUUGAGACUCGUCGAGCGGCAUCAGGUGCUCUAGCCAUCUUGUCUCAACAUCCCACGGCAUGUAAGAACAUAUCUAUAGAAGGGCGUGGCCCAGAGAUCGUAGUGACCACUAUUGGUGAAUCAUGUGAAGUAGAAGUACAGUUACGAGGAGUCGAGUUGGUGAAGAAUAUGGCAUCGUGUGGUAAUAGGGAUGUGGUGUCCAGUAUCGUAGAAAAGGGUGCUAUAGACAAGGUGAAGAAGUUGCUCGCAUCGCCAAAUCAAGCAGUAUCACGUGGUGCUGCAGGUGCUUUGAAGGCAUUUCGUGACGCUGGGGUCUCUCUAGUGUGA